AUGAGCGGUAAUCAAGCCUGGAGCAAGGUGAGCUGCGUCCUGGGCGCCCAGUGGGGCGAUGAAGGCAAGGGAAAGAUUGUCGAUCUGCUCUCAUUGGAGAUGGACGUGGUCUGCCGAUAUGCCGGUGGCAACAACGCUGGCCACACUGUGGUCGUGGACAAUGUCGAGUACGACUUUCAUCUCUUGCCCAGUGGCAUCAUCAACGAGAAAGCGUAUUCGGUGAUGGGAAAUGGAAUGGUGAUUCACAUAGGCCAACUUCUGGAUGAGAUUCGCAAGAAUGAAGGCAAAGGACUGCGCGACUGGAAGAAGCGACUGCUCAUCUCCGAUCGAGCGCACAUUGUCUUUGACUUUCACCAGGCUGCCGACGGAAUGGUCGAACUGCAGAAGGGUCAGAAGGGCCAGAGUCUGGGCACCACCAAGAAAGGCAUCGGUCCCUCUUACAUGUCCAAGGCCGCCAGGACUGGCAUUCGCAUGUCUGAGCUGCUCAGCUUUGGUCAUUUUGAAGAGAAGUUUCGCAGCCUGGCCGCCCACUUCUCUUCUCAGUUUCCCGAUCUGAAGAUCGACGUCGAAGGGGAGAUCGCCAAGCACAAGGUGUACGCUGAAGAGCUUCGCCCUUUCAUCCGCCAGGGCAAAAAGAUCCUGGUGGAGGGGGCGAACGCCACUAUGCUGGACAUUGACUUUGGCACCUAUCCCUACGUCACAUCGUCAAACUGCACCAUCGGCGGCGUCUGCACUGGGCUGGGCGUGCCGCCGCGCUACCUCGGCGAGGUGUACGGCGUUGCCAAGGCCUACUGCACCCGCGUCGGCGACGGGCCUUUUCCCACCGAGCUGAAGAACGAGGUGGGCGAUUACCUGCAGCGAGUCGGCCGAGAGAUUGGCGUCACCACGAAGCGCAAACGCCGCUGCGGCUGGCUGGACGCCGUCCUCUUGCGCUACUCUCACAUGAUCAAUGCGUUCACUGGAAUCGCUCUGACCAAGUUGGACAUUUUUGACGGUCUGGAUGAGCUGAAGAUUGGCGUCUCCUAUCACAUGGACGGCAAGGAGCUGGUCAGCCCGCCGGGGAACACCGCCGACCUGCACAAGGUGGUGGUCACCUACCUGACGCUGCCCGGCUGGAAGCAGAACAUCAGCAAGUGUCGCCGCUUUGAGGAGCUGCCCAAGCAGGCGCAGGAGUACGUGCGAACCGUGGAGAAGGUCUGCGAAAUACCGAUCAAGUGGAUCGGCGUGGGCCCAAAACGCGACAUGAUUAUUCGCAUGUUCUAG